AUGCCAGGCCUCUGUGGUACAUCGGGGUGCACCCUGGACGAGGCAUCCAGCAUGGCACGAAUCGCGGUGUCUGCUUUACUACUGUGUUGCGCUGAGCCGCUGCGUGCCCUCUGGCUGAGCCCCUCCAGAGAAGGGCUGGCCGCUGGGCCAGGCUACAUCCCCUGGAACUACCACGAGCCGCUGCCGGGGGUUUACGAUUUUGCUGGGGACCGGGACGUGGAAGCCUUCCUGGACUUGACGGCCGAUCUGGGGCUCUUGGUGAUCCUGCGGCCGGGGCCCUACAUCUGUGCAGAGUGGGAGAUGGGUGGCUUGCCUGCCUGGCUGCUGUGGAAACCAGACAUCGUCCUGCGCUCCUCCGACCCUGACUACCUGGCAGCUGUGGACUCCUGGCUUCACGUCCUGCUACCCAAGAUGAAGCCACGGCUGUACCAGCACGGGGGGAACAUCAUCAGUGUGCAGGUGGAGAAUGAAUAUGGGAGUUACUACGCCUGCGACUACAACUACCUGCGGCACCUCCUGGGCACCUUCCGGGCGCUACUGGGGGACGACGUGCUGCUUUUCACCACCGACGGCACAAAGGCAGAUGAGCUACGCUGCGGCACCCUGCAGGGGCUCUACGCCACCGUGGACUUUGGGCCAGGCUCCAACAUCACAGAGGCGUUUGCUGCCCAGCGCCUGGUCCAGCCGAAGGGGCCCCUGGUGAACUCCGAGUACUACACGGGCUGGCUGGACUACUGGGGGGAGGCACACGCCAGCACCAGCUCUGCACGGGUAGCCCAGGGACUCGCGGACAUGCUGCAGCUGGGAGCCAGCGUCAACAUGUACAUGUUCCAGGGGGGGACCAACUUCGCCUACUGGAGCGGUGCCGACUUCAAGGAGCAGUAUAAGCCAGUGACCACCAGCUAUGACUACGACGCACCGCUCUCAGAGGCUGGAGACCCCACUGAGAAGCUGUUUGCCAUCCGCACAGUCAUCAGCAAGUUCCAGGCCUUGCCAGUGGGUCCAAUGCCGCCCGCCACCCCCAAGUACGCCUACGGCCGGGUGGCCCUGCGCAAGUAUGCCAGUCUGCUGGAUGUCUUGGACGUGCUGUGCCCCUCCGGGCCCAUUCAGAGCCUGUUUCCCCUCACUUUUGAGGCCAUAAAGCAGGCUCACGGCUUUGUGGUGUACCGCACACACCUGCCCCGGGACAUCCCGGACCCGGCCACCCUGAGCGCUCCUCCCCACAGCGUCUGCGAUCGCGGCUACGUGAUGCUACAAAAGGAGUACCGGGGGACGCUGGAGCGGGACGGGCAGACAGCGCUGCAAGUGACAGGCAGGGAGGGGGCCACCCUGGAUGUGCUCCUGGAGAACAUGGGCAGGAUCAACUUUGGGGCCAACAUCAGUGACUUCAAGGGCCUGCUGGGGAACCUCUCCUUGGACUCCAGCCCGCUGAGCAACUGGCUGAUCUACCCCCUGGCCAUAGACACUGCGGUCCAGCAGGGCUGGCCACACACUGCCCCAAAAAAACCAAGCAGCGGGGCUAGAGCAGGGCCAGCCUUCUACACUGGGACCUUUGAGACCCCUGGCAUCGCCUGGGACACUUUUGUGAAAUUCCCAGGGUGGAGCAAGGGCCAGCUGUGGAUCAAUGGCUUCAACCUGGGCCGGUAUUGGCCCCGGCGUGGGCCCCAGCAGACCCUCUUUGUGCCCAGCUCAGUGCUACACACGGGCAGCCCCAACAACAUCACGGUGCUGGAGCUGGAGGGGGCACCUCCCACCCCCUUCCUGCUCUUCCUCGACCGACCUUUUUUCAACAUGACUCUCAGCCGCGGCACCACGGCCACAGAAUAAACCCAGGGCUGCCA